AUGAGUACCUCGUCUCAAUCCGACAGCAUCGCCCCUGCCGCCGACUCCGCCGCCCAAACCGUCAACUCCCUUCUCCUACGCACUUAUGCUCUGCUGCAAACGCCUCUGUCCAUCCUGAAGCUUCACCAGGCUCUCAACGCCGCAGACCAGGCCCUUGCCAUUGCGGCGCACUUGCACCGCUUCGACCUCGAGCCUCGCGCAUACCUGUACCGCGGUCAUGUACUGAGUGCCUGGGGCCGUUGGCGCGAGGCUCACGCCGCAUACGUCCGGGCCGCCAGUGUGAGGGGGGUCGGGUUCGCGGGGACGAACAUCCGGGGCUUGACGAGGGAUUGUCUGACGAUGAUUGAGUUUGAGGAUGUGAGGCGUCGGAACAUGAGGCGCGCUCUGGAGAUUGAUGGCCAAGCAACAAAGGAUGGGUUGAAGAUGGUUCGAUUUAGGGACGAGGAGAGUCUGGUUCUCAAGGCCUUUUAUGAUUAUGAUGAUGACGAUGAUACUAAUGACGACAUUGACGACGAUGAUGAGACGCACUCCGAAGCGAGUCACAGCAGGCUCUAUCUUAUUUUGAACGGCAGCGGAGAAGUUGUCGGUAGCCGGGAGAGUCUGCCUGACUUGAGGAGUGUACGUGGUAGAUCUGUCACCAGAUCGCCAACGCUGUGA